CCCUGUCAGGAUUCUGUAAGUCUUAGAUUGGGUAUAUAGGUUUGUCAAUUAGGGGUUAAUCUACGUGGUGAGGAGUGGAAUCAUCCUGAUUGUGCACCUAUCACCAUGGUUGAGACCCGUACUGGGUUAGAGACUAAUCCCUAUAGUCAGGACAAGCAAGAAAAGAUGGCCGCCUUAGUCAGAGAGAACAGGGAGAGGAAAGAGCGUGAGAAGCAAGCGAAGCUAAGGGCUACCGCAGACGAACAGGCGGCGAAGAUGAAGAGAUUGGAGGAGGAGAUGAAGAAAGUACAACAAGAGGAGGAAGAAAGAAGAAAAGCUGCUGAAGCAGAAGCGGCAGCAGAAGAAGAGAAAGAGAGGAUGAGGAUUGAGAGUGGAGAAGGGAGUAGUGGUGGCACAAUGACAAGGGAGACAGAUACAGGGUUGGAGAAGAGGAUCAGCGAGUGGGUCGCUUAUUUAUCGUUGGGGGAAGACGAGGAGGCGGAGUCCUAUGUAACUAAGGAUGAGAAGGCUGCGUUGGCCGCUGAGCUAGCAGCCAUGACAGACCCAAUGGAACGAAGAGAGAGGGAAGACGAGCAAAAGUUAGCUUGGAAGUUGAGAAUGAAGAGGGAGAAGAAGAGGAGGAGAGAAGAAGUGAAUAAGAUGACCGCCGCAGUGGCAAAGGUGCAGGAGUGUAGAGCGGAGGUGCUGGCCCAGCCAGAUGAUAAGGCCAAGUGGGACAAAGUACUGGGUUAUUUAGAGGUGUUGAGCAAGGCCUGGAUGGAGGAGCGCCAGGCAAGCUGGAGCCAGGUUGUAGCAUUGAGUGCCAUGCGGUCAGGGUUUAGAGAUUUUGCGCGCGAGAUCGUCACCCAUAUUGGGGGCGAAGUGAAGCACUUGAGAGAUGAUGUAGGGAAGUUUUGUGAGGGCGCUAUUCAGGGUGCCAAAGCUGUAGCCGCUGUAGAGGGAGAGGCCAGACCCCGUAAGGACCCAGUGAAGCUUAAGUUUCCGGAUGCGUACGGGGGAAAGAAGGAAGAAAACUUUGACAAUUGGGAAGCCAGUGUCAAUAGUUACAUUUACUUGCAACAUAUCUUGGUUGAGGAACAAGUCCUCGUGGCCUUCCAGGCCCUCAAAGAUGAAGCGGCUAGCUUCGCCAGGUCUCUUGCGCGUACAGCCGGGGGAGGAUGGGUUGAGUUGCGAGGGGAACAAGAAGUCAGAAGGCAAGCGUGGGUGAUAGCAAAGGUCAAGGUAGAAGGGGGACAUGCCAGUGGAAGGGCAAACGGCGUUGUUAUAGGCAAUCUCGGCAGCGGUGAGCAGCUGAUCCCAAUCGUGCUGGUGGGGAUGACAAUACUUCCGCAAGAUUCUUUGGAGAGUAUCGUUCAUCUUCUCGGUCUGUCCGUCGGUUUGUGGAUGGAAUGCAGUGCUGUACCUGAGCGUGGUUCCGUAGGCAUUGAAGAGUUGUUUCCAGAAUUGGGAGAGGAAGCGGGGGUCACGAUCAUUGAUGAUAUUCUCGGGGAGGCCGUGGUGUCUGGCGACAUGGUCGAAGAAGAGAAUGGCAAUGUCUUUGGCGUUGUGCGAGGUGGUACAUGGGAUGAAGUGAGCACGUUUGGUCAGGCGGCAAACAAUGACGUAGAUGCAGUCAUGCCCGCGGUCGGCUUUGACGUCAGCAAGGAGGGAAGGCCAAUGGAAAUCACCGGAGAUGGUAUCAAAGGUUUUCUGGAAACCAAGGUGGCCAGCGCUCUUGGCGUUGUGGUGCACGACCAAGAGCUGGGUGCGGAGGCCACGGGCGUCAGGGAUGCAGAGUCGGCGGGUGCCUUUGGUUUCAAUGUAGAGAAGGUUGUCGUGGAGGGCGUAGCCGAAGACGGGGUCGAGGUCACGGAGUUUGUUAUAGAUGGUGGAGAAGUCGGGGCAAGAGAGGUAUCCUUGGGUGUAGUGAUGGUGGAGCAAUGGCAGGAGCUGGAUGUGGGUCAUGGCGGCGUAGACUUUCUCAAGGGGCUUGUGAUCAGGGCGGCGGGAGAGGGCAUCAGGAACACGGUUGCUUUUGUCGGGGGUGUGGCAAAUGGUAAAGAAUUUCUGGUCGUGGAGAAUGGCGAGAACUUGGCGAAGAUGAUCAAGGUGGGACUCGAAGGUGGGGCUAAAAACAAGGAUGUCGUCGAGGUAGAUCACGACACAAACUUCGUGGAGGUCGUGAAAGAUGUGGUUCAUGGUGGAUUGGAAUGUGGCAGGGGCGUUAGUGAGACCGAAAGGCAUUACGAGAAACUCGUAGUGCCCGAAGCGGGAGCGGAAGGCGGUUUUGUGGGUGUCCUCCUCACGGAUGCGGAUCUGGUGGAAGCCACUGUGGAGGUCGAUCUUGGUGAAGUAUUUGGCUCCACGAAGGCGAUCAAGAAGUUCGGAUAUCCGGGGAAGCGGAUACUUGUUCUUGAUCGUGAUCCGGUUCAAGGCGCGGUAGUCCGUGCACAUGCGGAGUUCCCAGGUGCCGUUCUUCUUGACGAAGAGACAACUGGUACCGAAGGGGGAGGAGCUAAUCCUUUUUCAAGGAGUUCAUUGAGUUGGCGCUUCAUUUCUUCGGCCUCGGGGACGGAGAGCUGGUAUGGGGGGCGGCAAGGGGGGGAGUGGCCGGGUUCGGGAUCGAUGGUGUGGGAAACACCUCGGUCGGGAGGUAGUCUGGCCGGCAAGGAUUCGGGAAACACGUCUUUAAAUUCGGAUAGGAGGGCGGAGAUCUGAGGGUCGGAGGGGGGGUCCUGGUCGGGUUUGUCCGUUGGAAGCAAGUCCUCGGGACGGUCGCGGUCAAUGACAAGGCAAUAGUAGGCGGAGUCGGGGUGCUCACGGGUCAUGUGAAGAAAUUGGUGAGGAGAGACGGGGGAAGGGGUGGAGGGAGGGAGAAGGUAGGGGAUGUCAAGGGGUGGAUCGGGAGGGGUGGAAAGGCGGACGAAAGAGGGGUCGAAGGUAUAGGGCAUGUGGCGGUCGAGCCAAGGAGUCCCGAGUACGAUGUCGCACAUGAG